AUGGUGCUGAAGACCUGGUUAGACGUACCGGACGAGCAUGACUUCUCUGUCGAGAAUUUGCCUUUUGGCAUAUUCUCAACUGCUGCUAAUACACGUCCACGUCCUGGGAUUGCCAUUGGCAGGUUCAUUGUCGACCUCGAUGCGCUGGUGGAGACGGAAGCGUUCAGCAUGUAUUGUACAUGCCAGUUCCCGCAUUCCGUUCUCAAGCAGUCCACCUUGAACGAGUUCGCUGCCCUCGGCCGAGAGACUGUCAAUGCAGUCCGAAUAUUUGUCAAAUAUCUCCUGGUGGAGAUGACACCGAUCCUACGAGACGACAAGGCGCUGAGGGCAAAUUGUAUCGUCGACACCGAGGCUGUCCGUGUAGAAAUGCAUCUGCCAAUGCAGAUUGGAGACUUCACGGACUUUCUCAACUCCAGAACACACGCCAAAAACACUCAUUCAACCUCGGCAGCGCCGGUAAAUAUGUUGGUGGCAUAUCACAACAAGUUCAACCCUCCUCGAGCAUUUACCGCUCGUGUAUCCAGUGUUGUGCCGUCAGGAACUCCAAUCGUUCGGCCAAUGGGCCAUAUGGUCGACUCGGAUGGUAAAGCGUAUGUUGGACCAUCGCAACAGCUCGACGUGGAAAUGGAGUUUGCUUUCUUCCUCGGCAAGGCCAUCAAGCGAUAUCAGCGGGUAUCGAUUGCUGAAGCUGAAGACCAUAUCUUUGGAGUGGUACUGCUGAAUGACUGGUCAACACGGGAUGUGCAGGCAUUUGAAGAUCACCCGUUUGCAGCCUUCAACGCCAAAUCAUUUGCAUCAACAAUAAGCCCCUGGGUGGUUUCCUUGGACGCUUUGGAGCAUUACCGUACGAAGGCGGCGCCACAGGAUCCAUCGGACCUCCUGCCGUAUUUGACGGACAGCAGGGCACUUUCAACCUUUGAUAUAUCCAUCAACAUGAGUUGGAAGUUGUCACCGGAAGGAGAAAUCUUCAAUGUCUCCACCAGUAACCUGACAAACGCAUACUGGAGUUUCACACAGAUGUUGACCCAUCACGCUUUUGGAGGCUGUGAAAUGCGAACAGGAGACCUGAUAGGGACGGGCACGAUAACUGGAGAGGAUGAUGGUUCCAUCUGCUCACUCGUAGAGCGGACGCGCAACGGAACCCAGCAGAUCCAGACUCCUGCCGGGAACAGACGGUGUUAUGUCCAGGACGGAGACGAAGUGGUCUUUACUGGAUGGGCUGCUAAGAAGGGAGAUCCCAAGUUAGCAGGAGGCAGAGUUGGAUUUGGGAUUUACACACAAAGUGCUCCGCCUCCGGUCAAUGACUUCGAUUUGGCUCUGUUGUUCUCUCCUCAGUCCAAUAAUGACGGCUCUCCGCAUCGGUCUCCUGCUGAAGCUGGUGGAUCUGUAGCGUCGCAGGCCUCUCUAGAAUCCAACGACAAUACAGACUUGCCACGCAGGCUCCAAGGUCGCGGCAAUACUUCAGAGACUUUGGACGGUUGGCCUGCAACGACCACGUUCCUACUGGGGGACACAGGUGAAUCUGACCCUUAUCUCCUGCGGCAUUUCUCCUCCGAGUGUCUCGACUCCAGCGAUGAUAUUGCCAAAGUCACGUCACGGCAUAUUCUGCGGGCGUCGGAUCCAGAUGUCAUGCAUAGCAUGGGGAGACCUUUGAUCAUGUCAAUGGCCGACCACUCGCUCUAUGAUCGUGGAGAGCCGCGGCUCGACCAGCGCGCACUAGACGAGGCGGCAGACGAGGUGUCGCGGAUGGUCUCCGAGGAGACCGGCGUGCGGCUGAUCAAGCUGUUCUUCCGAUAUAUCUAUCCUUACUUCCCCAUCCUUUCUAGAACGCGCCUUCUCUAUCCAUUGACAGAGCUGCCGGCCCGGCUGAGGGAGCUGCCACUUUCUCUCAAGUCUGCCAUCUAUGCAUCAGCCCUGGCAUUCGUCACAUAUGAUGAUGUUCUUGCUACGACGCUCGUUCACUCCCCGCCUUCAAGUCAGCGUCUGUAUCGCAUCGCUUGGCUGGCUGUCACGCACGAGGUACAUACUCCCCACUUAUCCACGCUUCAAUCAUGCUUGCUCCUUCUGCAGAGGGUCAAUGACGAUCGCUAUGUGAUGGACACGGUCUUUCGCUGGAGUCUUUUAGGGUGGACCGUCGCUCUCGCACAAAGCUUCGGACUAUCAAUCGAUUGUCUCGACUGGAACGGGAUUCCAGACUGGGAAAAGCGGCUACGUCGUAGACUGUGGUGGGCGGUCUUCGUUAUGGACAAAUGGGCCUUCAUGUCUGCAGGCCUGACGAGCCACAUUCAUAAAGACAACUACGACGUCUCGCCGCUUACAACUGCAGAUUUUGGCUACGCCGAGACCCCCGAACCAACCUCCUCUGACAAUACGUCGGCACAUUUCUAUCACCUUACCCGGUUGACCGCGAUACUCAGUGACAUCCAGGUUGCCUUCUUCACCGUAGCAGCCUCAAAACGGACCCAACGAGAUUUCGCAUUGUCGAUUGAACUGGCCAAGCCAUUCAGACAGGACUUGAAGGAGUGGAAGACUUCUUAUGACUCCUUCAUCGCUACACAAGCAGCGAGUAGAGAUCAGUCACGUUCUCUUCGCUCCGGUCUCGAUGGCAACGCCUCCUUAGGGCUGUCGUACCUCGUUGCGAACAUCAUCCUCUUCCGAGCACUUCUCCGACCCGUCGAGUCCAAUUUGCCUUCCACCAACCAGCAACCGCGAGCAGGUCGCGAUGCUGUACGUGCAGGAGCCAAGACAUGCUGUGUCGAAGCAGUGGCGUUUGUCGAGUCACUCCAACGCAAUGUCUGGGACGCUUUCUGGCAUUCCUGGUCACGUGCCGGGUUCGCCAUGGUUUCUUCCUUGAUGAUACGAUUGCUCAUCACCAGCGACAAGGCGAUCGAGGUGGAUGAGAUCAACGCCCUAAUACGACGCUGGAGAUGGGCGUUGCGUACAGGAGGUGGGAGCGCAGGAAAUGUGCUCAUGAGUUUGGCGCUGCUGAGGCUCGAUCGUUCGCUGGUCACGAGGGGGAUACACGAAAGCGAUGAGGACGAGUGAAAGCUGGGCGCCGCCCAUCCUGACCUUCGAGAUUCCAAGUCCUCCCGAGCCCAAGUUCUCUGUCAACCGUCUCGCGUAAUACUGAAACGCAUCGGAUGAAAAGUACUACGGUCUCAUGGGUAAAUCGUGUAAUAUAGCGCUAGGGUGUCAUUCGACGACAAGCAGCAGCGAGGACAAUUUGUGUGGCAGGCGGGCCUCCUGUUCAAGCGGUGGCCAACUGCUGCUUCGCCAAUUCAAGCGGCAGCUGUUUUGCACCCCGGUUAAGCGAAUUUUAUUACA